UGAUUCUUAUGUACCUUAGUUAGGGUCGUGGGGAUGUAUGCGUGGGCGACGGACACGAAAUAGAAUUUAGCUCAAGGAGCAAGCUUGAAGUUUAUACAUACGUCGUUGUGACGCUACUCUUAGGUGCUAUAAGCGGUUUCCAUGUCAGAUACCGUCAGCUGCUCCGCUCUGGCUAGUAGCCCCAUUCUAUAUGAAUCGAAGACCUUUGUAUGAGCUCCAUAUCCCAACCCUUCCUAUCCCCCUACGCGCCAGGGUCCCCUAUACGAUUGACACAAGCGACACACACCAUCAGAAUCGUCCAUCCCAUCCCCGCCUCACAACGCCACCACUACCGCUCCGGACACCGCGCCUUAACAUGCCCCUUCCUCCCACAUUUAAAACAUCCUCCACUCGCGCUCCCCUGCCCAGGCGAAUUCGAGUGGCCCGAGCCCGCUCCCCUUCCGGACCCGAACCCGCCCGAGCGCUUCGCGGCGCCGCCGGAGGAGAUGGAUUUGACGCGGUGGAGUGACGGUUCUUCGGGGCGGGGGCGGGAGGGUGGGGCGUUGGAGCGAGAGUGGCGCGGUUCCCGGUCGUCUUCCUCUUCGCCGGAGGAGGAGG